AUGGAGCCGCCCCCCACGCCGUGGAAGCGGCUGGGCGACCUCGCCUACGAGCGCGGGGACCUCUGGCAGGCGGCCGGGCUCUACUCCCGGCGGUUGGAGGAGCAGGGCGCCGAGGCGGUCGCCCAAGAGCACGGUCGGUCGGGGUUACCCGAGGAGGCGGCCGUUGCCCUGGGAGGCGCCGACGACUUGGAGGUGGCGAAGGUGCUGUCCAACCGCGCCGCAUGCCUGCACCGCCUCGGGGACUUCCGCGGGGCCGCGGCCGACGCCCGGAGGGCCGCCGGGCUGGCGCCCAGGCGGUGUGCGGCGCCAGCUGGCCCACUCGAGGAUAAGGAGGAGGAGGAGGAGGAAGAGGAGGAGGAGGAGGAGGAGGGCUGCGCCUCGUACAGGCACCAGAGAGGAGGAGGAGGAGGGGUCGAGGAUCGGGAAGGAGGAGGAGGAAGAAGAGGAGGAGGAAAAGGAAGAGAAGCUAGCGCCCAGGCGAAGCGGCACUGGCGGGCCCAGCACCUUCUCGUGGAAGUCGACUGA